AUGGCCAACUCGGCCGAGCCCGGUGGCGACCAGCCAGUUUACGAUUUUGAGCCUGCGGGCUGGAUAGAGCUGACAGAUGCCUGCCAUCACUACGAGGGUAAACACGAAGUGCCGUGGGAUAUCCAAAACAUUUUCAGGUACUUUUCACAACGCUACUCCAUUUUUUCCUACUACGAUGAGGGCAUCUGCAUGACUGACGAUGCUUGGUUUGGUGUGACACCAGAGCCCAUUGCAAACAAAAUCGCCGAAGAGAUGAAGUCGUAUCCCAAACAGAAAAGGAUCCUGAUUGAUCUCUUUUGCGGCGCCGGCGGCAACUCCAUUGCAUUUGCGUUGACAGGCAGAUGGGAUCGCGUAAUAUCCAUUGAGCGCGACGCGGCCACCCUCUCAUGCGCGCAAAAUAACGCCAGCGUCUACGGCGUGGACGACAGCUACAUAACCUGGGUGCAUGGCGACAGCUUCGCGUUUCUCAGGACGCUCUUCAACAACCCCUCGGCGCUGCAUCCCGAUCUCCGAGUCGACACUGCUGCCACCAUUCUGUUUGCCAGCCCUCCCUGGGGCGGGCCGGGCUAUUCGACAGACGAGGUGUUUAACUUGGACAACAUGCAGCCGUAUAGUGUACAGGAUUUGCAUCAGGCGUACAAGCCCCUCGACCACGUCUUGUUUCUGCCGCGCACCAGUGACCUGAGGCAGCUGGCAGCGCUUGCUCCAGAAGAUAAAAGGAUUGACAUUGUGCAAAUGUGUAUGGAGGGCGCGAGCAAGGCUUUGGUCGCAUAUGUGCCUGGGCGAGGGCUGUAG